AUGACCCGCCUUAUGUUGGCGGCGCUCGCCGCCUCCGCGGCGGUUUUCACGGUUGAGACGGUUUCUGCAGCCUUCAUGCAUCCAGUUAGCGACGGGAAAGGAACUCCUAUGUAUUCCAAAUCCAAAGGGCCUCCUCCUCCACAGGAGAUUUGCCAGACAAUUCCAGUCCAAGUGGACUCAGUUUGCUUCGAAAAUGUUCCCUUCAAGGAGGCAUACGUCUGCCCUCAGGUAGUCGAGAAACAGGUGUGCGAUAAGGUACCAGUGGAGGUUGCUGACACCUGCUACAAGCCCACAAACGCCUUGGAGGCCUACGAUUGCAAGAAAGAGGUGAAGAAGGAAGAGUGCAAAAUGGUGCCUAAACAGUGCUUCAAGACCAUCACCGAGCAGGAGGAGUACGGCUGCGAAGAGGAGCAGUGUGAGACCGUUGUCAAGAGGAUUCCUCAGACUUGUUUUAAAAAGAAGAACUCUAAGGAGAAUUACCCGUGCAUGAAGCACAAGAAGCAGAAGGUUUGUCAGGAGGUUCCCCAAGAGUAUGAGAGCACUUGCUUCCGCGAGGAAAGCCAGCAAGAGCUGGUCCCCUGCAAAGGCAAAGAGGAGGCUGCAGCAGUGAGCUUCGAGGAGAAAUGCACCAUGGGGAUGCAGGAGGUUGAGACCACCUGCGAGAAACAGGUAAUGGCCCAGCAGGAGUACCCAUGCACGAAAAGAGAAAAACGCAGGGACUGCGAAGUUGUGCCUCAGAAGGUGACAGAAAUGUGUGAGGAGAUAGUGGAGGAACAGAAGCCUUACAAAUGCAAGAAAAAACAGAUGACCCAGAAGUGCAAGAUGGAGAACGUCAGUGUUCCCGCGACGUGCGAGAAGAAGAAAGGUGACAAAACCGAGUAUUACGAAUGUGAAAAGAAGGUGAAGCAAGAGGUGUGCAAAGACGUUGAGGAGAACGUCGAGGCAGUCUGCUAUCAGCUUGUCUCCUCCAAGCAGCCGGUCCCAUGCAAAAAGAAGAAGAUGGGAGAAGUAUGCGUAGACAGGGAAGUUGAGGUGCCCAGCACUUGCUUUAGGGAGGUUCCCGUAAUGGAACCGUAUCCGUGCAUGAAGAAGAUAGAUGUGCCUAACUGCGUCAAGAUCCCGAUGUGCCCUCGGUUCCACACCCAGAAGAAGGCGUAUCCUUGCAUGGAAACAAAGAUGAAACAGGAAUGCCAUGUCGAGGAGGUACCUUAUGAGGACACUUGCUCUCGGAGCUUCACCGAGGAGGUGCCGUACGAUUGUAGCAAAGAAGUCAAAUCUAAAGAAUGCAAAAUGGUGCCCAAAGUCUGCAAGAGGAAGGUCUCACGUGACGUCGCGUUCGAAUGCAACGAGAGGGUUUGUGAGAAGGUCUCACAACCGCAAGUCUGCUACAGAAAAGUUAAAGGCAAAGAGGCAUACCCCUGCACCCGCACGGAGUACAAAGAACAGUGCCACAUGCAGCAGCAGGUCAUCAGCAAGACAUGCUACAGCCAGGGCAUGAAACCCCAGCAGUACCCGUGCAAGGAGACGAAGUAUGAAACUAUCUGCAAACAGGUGCAACCGAAGGCCGCAAUGGUUAUCCCUGCCCCUACCCCUGUGAAGAAAGAGAAGGAGAAGAAGGCCAAGAAGCUCUAA